AUGGCUAAAACGUGUGCAAAGUGCUCCGAUGCUAUUUCGGGCAUUGAUUUUGUUACCUGUCGUGGUUAUUGCGGAGCGACAUUCCACAUGAGUACAUGUGCUGGCGUGUCACGCGCGCUGCUAGGGUACUUUACUUCGCACAAAAAGAACCCCUUCUGGAUGUGUGACAAUUGUGCCGAGUUGUUCGAGAAUUCUCAUUUUCGCAUGCUGUCAUCCAAUGCUAGUCCACUGCCACAGCUGAACUCGCUAACCAACGCGAUUACUGAGCUACGUGGCGAAAUCAAACUACUACAUACCAAACCGACUGCCCCAUUCUCACCGUCACUACGCAAUCGUUGGCCUGCAGUAGAUCAACAUAGGGCUUUCAAGCGACCCCGUGAAUCAGAUGCGGCCCCACGAUCCACGGACAACUGCACUGUCGGUAGUAAGCCGACUCUGAACAGCUUUGUUGUAGCACCCGCUACCAAUAACAUCGAAGAUAAAUUCUGGCUGUAUAUAUCUAGGAUUCGGCCUGAUUUCUCUUCGGAAGCUAUGUUAACCAUAGCGAAGGCCUAUCUCGAGACCGACGACGACCCUGUCGUUGUCAAACUCGUCCCGAAGGACAAGGACAUUAGCACCCUUACGUUCGUGUCCUUCAAAAUUGGAGUUGAUCCUUCCCUAAAGGCCAAGGAACUGGAUCCAGAAACAUGGCCGGAGGGUACUCUCUUUCGCGAAUUCGAGGAUUUUAAAGCACCAAAAUUUCGCGCACCGCUGAAAACCAAAAAAACAACGACACCGCUCUUGCUAUCCCAAGUUUCGUCUCUAGCAACGCCCAUGACGAAUCUGUGCUAA